UAUAUCUACUCGUCCGAGGGGUUAACAUGCUCCUUUUCAGAAAGUCAGUGCAUUCCUUGCGCCACAGUUAGACUGGAGUGCUUUGCAAGUUUUCCAGGUUUACAAUCCUCAUCAGAAAGCAUGCUGUGUCCUUUUCUUUUUCUCUGGAUCUUACUGCGUCGUACAGAUUCCUUUAGCGUCACAGUACCCUCCAGUCCUGUACUUGCGGUCCGUGGAGCCACAGCACUUCUUUCCUGUAAGUUCGACCCAGACCCUGACAUCUCUAAUUUGGUGAUCACAUGGCAACGGCAGGAAAACACUCAGGUGGUCCACAGCUUCUACUACAAUAGUGACCAGCUUGAACGACAAAGUCCAGAUUUUUUUAACCGGACAGCAUUAAAUCACAAGGAACUCGCUGAAGGAAACGCAUCCCUGAGUAUAGCCAAUAUUCGACUGAAGGAUGCAGGUUACUACUUGUGCAUAGUGAGCAGCAACAAGGGAACUGACAGAGGACUGGUGCAGCUGGUUUACGAAGCCUUCUAUUCCGAACCAAGGUUAAGCAUCCUUUUCAAACCCACCAGUGUGAUUGUCCAGUAUGAGAUGGAGGGCUACCCAAAGCCAGAGAUCAUGUGGUUGGGGUCAGGAGGUCAGAAUCUUACUAACCACCUGGAGGUUUCAUCUGAAUCAGACGGUGGUCUGUACUACUUUAAAAGCAGCUACGUAACCCAGAGUCCAGAGUUCAAUGUCACUUUUAUGUUGAAAAACCCUGCUGCGCAUCAGGAGCUACAGCGGCGUGUUAAUCUCAGCUAUGAUGGGAACAUGAGCUCCAAUACACCAGUUGUGGUUCUUUCUCUGUUUUGUAUUUUGCUCCUUUUCUUGACAGGUGUGCUGUUAUGGUUAUACUGUCGUGAGAAGCGCAGAUGACCUCAUGUCCACCCUGGACUCAACCAUGAUUUACAUUAAUUGCUGGAAAGUAAUGUGCUUUUGUUGAGCACUAACUACUACUGCUAUUCCAAUAGUGCCUCCAACAAUACUUUUGGGCUUUUGUUCUUGAAUACUAUAUGAAUACUGCUGCUCCAUUAGACUUCAUGCAAUCCAGACUUGGGAGAGAAACACAAGAUAUCAUUAGAAAGUUAAAGUGUGUGAUUUUUUUUUUUUUUUUGGUUGCAUUUACGUUGUGUUUGUUCCACUUUACCUAAUUUCUUCCCUAGCAGCUAUCCUGAGAUAGACAGAAAAAGUUAGUUUCAGGCUUUUUAGAGCAAUCUUAAAAUAUAUAUGAAUGAGAAUACAAUAAUACGAUCAGAAUGUUUUACAGAAAUUAUAUUUUGCUGAAUAUUUUUGAAUGGCCUUUUAUGGAAAAGGGUUAACAUUAACAAACAUCUAACAAUACUUUGACCAUGCUAACCAGCAUAACAACACUAGCAUGAAUUUAAGCCAAAAAUAUCAAUAUUUUUUAUUCUCUUUGGUGGCAUAAAAAUGAAACACUUCAGCUUUAAAAGUGACCUCAAUGAAGACAAGAUAAAUUUAGAAACAUUGACUGUAUGAAUGUUUAUGAAAUCUGUAUUUGACUGAAAGAAUAUUUAAGGCAAAAAACUUGUAUACCUGCUGAUUUUAAAGGUUUAUGCUUUAACUGUAACAUGUAUAUAUAGGAAACAGGAAACGAAUGGGAGAGAAGGUGGGGGGGGAUUGGGAAAGGUCCACAAGGCAGGAUCAAUCACGGGACACCCGAAGCGCAACUGCACCAUAUGUCGACACAACUGUAGCAUUAAUAUUAACGAGAUAUAAUGAGAUGUAUUUUUAUUAACUUCAGUAUAAAAAAUGAGCAUGUUUAAUGUUUUAUAUAUAAAUAUUUUUAGGACAUUUAUAAUUAUCUUUAAAAAAAAUAAAAUUGUGACAAAACCCAAAUUAAACCAAACAAGGUAUUUUUUUUAGAUCAUGAGUGUUUCUUUGUGUUACGUGUUUGUUUUCUACAUAAGGGUCACGUCUUUUUUUUGUUUCGGAAAUAUCACGAUUCACGAUUUUUUGUCAUGUUAGUUUUACUGUUUUGCAAGUUGUCUGAGCAGUACAGCCAAACUAAUUUCCCUUUUUUUUUUUUUUUAAAACAAAGCCUUUCAAGGUAACAAAGUAUAAAAUACAAAAGAAUGGCAGAUAUUUAGGCCAAAGUGAGCGAAGAUACUAAUCUUUGUCAUUAUUUUAUCUUUGUUAUUAAAAAAAGAAGAACGAAUAUACAUAUUACAAAUAAACAUAAUACAAAUAAAACAAACAGCGCUUUAUUUUUCAGGUACUGUAGGUGUGUUUAGCAGUAGCAUUCAAUAAAUUGAAUUAACAAAUACAAAAACUGAAACACUAUAUCCACCUUAUUUUUCCCAUGAGAGCGGGGGGGUUUUGUGUAUGGCUUCCAGUCUCAUCCACUUCCAGCUAUUGUUAGCUGUACAAAAAACUUGUUUUGCUGCUGCUUGAUAUUGCAAACUGGUGUGUCUUACCAUAUUAUUUUAAUAUAUCAUCUUAAUUAUGAGCACACUGGUUUGUAGUGCAAACUGUUUUACCAUUUACUGCACUUCAGUAUUCUUCUUGUAAUUUCCCUGUGGUGGAUUAUGAACCGGACGUCUAACACAUUACCAGAAAACAGCUUACUUCCACAUUGAAAAAUAUGGUGGAUACAUCAAUUGGACAUUGAUUAUGUAUUAAAGUUCUUCAGUCAAGAUCAGUGAGUGAUUUUUCUCUUUGUGUUUUAUUAACAUUAAAGGAAUAGUUCACCCAGUUCACUGUCUGUCAAUUCUGUCAUAGUGUUUUAUUUUUAUACCAUCAUUUACACACUCUCAGGGUGUUUUAUACCUGAAUGAGUUUAUUUUUUUCUGUUGAACAUUAUCUAUUUGAUAAUUUCUAUUAAUUUCAAUGGGGACCAUGGUACUGUUUGGUUACCGACAUUCUUCAAAAUAUCUUAUUUAGCACAAGAAAUAAAUUAAGACAGGUUUGGGACAUGUAAGUGAGUAAAUAAUUACAGAAUUGUAAUUUUUGGGUUAACUAUCCCUUUGAUGACAAGCGGCGGCAUGUUUAGUACUGAUAGAAUAGCACGAUACUAUGAUAUUUCUCCAAAAGCAGAUCGUGGAGACAUUUUUAUAGUCCACGAUCAAAAAUCGUCAUAUCGCACACCCCUAUUUCUCAUUACAAAAUUAAAAUGAUUAAUAUUAUUAUUAAUGAAAAUUACUAAUAUCAUUAUUAAUAAUGAAAAUCAGACCAAAAAAAAAAAAACAGUAUUUCAGCCAGGCAAUCCACAAAACAUUUCAUAGUUUACAGAAAUGACACCUGUCACAUUCCAACUAAAUGGUACAAUCUUUUAAAAUGAUGUAAACUAACACGAGGUAUUAAAUUAUAUGUAAUGUAUUUUUUGUUCUUUAAAUAUCGAUGAUAACAAAGAUCUCUGGUUUCUCUGUGUCAUGCACUUGCAUAGCAGAAUAGGUGAUUGCCUUCACUUCUGUUCCCUGUAAAAAAGAAAAAUAAAAGCAUUAAAAUCUU